AUGCCAUUAUCAUUACCUGAGGAAUCAGGGUUUGCCUCUUUUGAGUCCGGACUAAGAGACAGCCUUACCAAUAAGAUCGAACAAUGGAAAACUAUAACACUGAACCUAAUUUAUAGCUUACGACGAUUCAAAAUAUUGAAGAUUACGAUUAUACAUUGGUCCAUUUUGUCUACUUGGAUUGUUCUUCUACUGCACUUCACAUCUGUUUACGGGUCUUUAUACCAGUCUUCUGCAUUGUUAGCCACCAUGUGCACCAAUGUACUCUUGUUCGGAACUUCAGAUUGCUUGGCACAAUGCAUUUCAUGUUUCUUAUCAUACAAAGUAGACCCGGUACCUGAAGUUGUCGAUAAGGUAACUAGGAAUUUAGUUGCAGGACUCUCGUUCCGUCGCACGGAAUCCUUUGAUGAUAAUUAUAGUGACAACGUCUCGAUAUUCAACGACUAUGGUGUCGAGAGACCUUCUUUCGAGGGUCAAACGGAUACUCGCAAUGCUAGUCCUGGCAUUGAUUCAGAGCUUCGUCAUGACUGGGAUCUUGACUCAAACUUGGAUUACGAUGCUGAUGGUACAUCGUCGUCUAACAAUGAGCUUUUCAGCUUUUACAGAUGGAUCUGUUUUAUGUCCUGGGGCUGGUUCCUAUCAUUCUUUCAAGUACCGUGGUACAAAUUCUUAAAUUAUUUUUAUACCGAGGAUCCAACGGUGGUUCAAGUCCUGGAAAGAGUGCUAUCAGAUCAAUUGGUUUAUUCUCCAAUUUCUUUAUACUGUUUCUUCAUGUAUUCAAACUAUAUUAUGGAACAUGGUGAUGCAGAAUCUUUCCAAAUUAAAAUCAGAAACAUAUACAUUACUACGUUGGGAUGCAAUUAUCUUGUUUGGCCGCUGGUUCAGUUCAUCAAUUUUUUAAUGGUCCCUAAACACCUACAGGUUCCCUUCAGUUCAUCGGUUGGCGUUCUAUGGAACUGUUUCCUUUCAAUGAGAAAUUCUUCAAACUCCUUGUAA